AUAUGUGCAUUUUAGAGCUCAUAGACCAUGUCUAGACCCGGACUCUGUAGUUCGGGAUUGCAGUGUUUUAUCUCGAUGAAAAACUAGCGUUGGAGAGAAAUGCAAAUAUGGCCAGUCUAUCUAGGGUUACAUUUGUUUUACUUCUACUUCUUCUAUUGGUCCGCUCAUUGCAGAGCGCCAUUGGAUUCAGUCAAACUUUCAAGAGUCAUAUCAGGCUAGGGCGUCUGGGAUGUCCUGGUGAAAGACCUGACUCCACUGCAUUUUAUGAUCGGAGCGGAAAGGAACAGUUGGACCUGAAAUGACUUGGAUAAUAAAAAAUUCUAUGUAGUCUAGCGGAACCAGCUAGUGGAGUUGGAUCCCCUAUAACUUAACUCUCC